AUGGAAGAGUUGUUCAAAGACCAAGUACCAAUUGAAAAUAUUCCGGACGACGAUGACGACUUCAAUGACUAUAAUAGCGGACUACAGCAGCGGGUCUCCGGUUCCCCCCGACCAGUGAUCCCUGGAGCCAUCCCCCUGGACGGCCCCCCUCGGCGUCCCACCUUCAGGGCGCAGUCCAGGAGGUUCCAGGCCCCACCACUAGACGCUGAUCCAGCGCCCUUACCGGUCGCUACAAGGGUUCGCCGCCCCAACGGACGCACCGCCCGCAUCAACAGCAACGUGCAGCCGUCAGCACUUCCCCCUCUACAGAGCUUCCAGCAGCUGGAGGAGCGCCCCAUCCCCCCUCGGCCAGUGGUGGAGGAGCCCGAGGACCAACCAGCCGAGCAGUCACUCGACAACUACCCCGACCCCCAACAGCUGGGCUCUCCCUCCGGCCCCCCACAGACACCCCUCUACACGCAGCCCAUCUUCCCCAAGCAGCAGGCUCUCCCUCGACCCCCCAAGCCCGCUGCACCCCCCGCCUUCCGCCCCGAGAGACCCGCUUUCAUACCCACACCGUCACCAGACUCUGAUUUUCCAGUUCCCAGUAGGCAACAGUUCCGUACAACAGCAGCACCUCAGCCAAUAGAGCCGCAGUUCACAAGGCCGCAGCAACAGCAGAAUGUGAACAGGGUACAACAAGUGGUCAGAAAUCAGCCUCCCAAGCAACAAUUCACCAAACCACAGCAGUAUGAGAAAGAAAGGGAGCCAAGCCCUCCAAGGGAGAGAAAGCCUGUCGCUCAAGUGCUGCGCAAAUACAGGGAAGACAACGAGGACGGCAGCAUCACGUGGGGCUUCGAGAACGACGACGGCACGUUCAAGGAGGAGACGAUCGGCGUGGACUGUGUGACACGGGGCAAAUAUGGCUACGUGGACCCGGACGGCGUGCGACGCGAGUACUCCUACAGCAGCGGCAUCCCCUGCGAUAAGACGAAGCAGGACAACGAGGAGGCAGCCAGCAACAGCGAGGGAUACAUCGACUACCAGAACAACAGAUAUGUGCUGCCAAACGGCGACAGUGUCGAUCUCGACAAGAUGGUCAAGAACCGUGCCAGAAAGCCUGUCUACAGGAACUAGCGACUAGAUUUACUAGAGUGUAAAUGUGAUGUGGCAUAUUAGCUAUUGUAUUAUUACAAGUAGUUCACAAAGGAGAAAUCCAAUCGAUAGAAAACAACCUUACGUAUAAUAAAUAUUUCAAAUAUCCAAUGAAAGCUAUAUAAAUAGAACUAUGGACUUCUGUUACUGCAAAUAUUGACCGAAAAACUAAAUAGCAGAAGGAAAUUUGAAGAAUGAAGCUGUCCAAAAACUGUGCCCAGACUGGGAAUCGAACCCGGUACCUACCUCUCCGUUGCCGGUGGAGCGGCUUUCAUUCUUCAAAUUUCCUUCUGCUCUUUAGUUCUGCGGUCAAUAUUUGCAGUAGCAGAAGUCCUUACUUCUAAUUAUAAAGCUUUCAUUGGAUUUUUGAAAUUAUUAUUAUACGACAGUGAUAAUGUUCCAGCAGUUUGUUAACUGCAAAUUCUAAUAAAUUUUCCAACAAUGUUACACUUGAAUUUAUCGGAAUUUUGUAACAAAAAUAUAAUUAUUUGUGAGAACAUCUUCAUCUUGAUAAUAUUAUGAACAGUUGAAGAGGUUAACCGACUGUAUGUUUUAUAAGUAUUGUUUCUCCACUAAAAUAAUGUAGAAGAACUGAUAUGUAUGGGUAUGUGUAGGAUGUGCCUAUGGUCAGUAUGGUAUAACCUAAGUAGACACUGACGAUCAGUUGAGCUUUAAAAUCAGCCUAAUAAUGAUGUUUUCAUGAAUUACAAUCAAAGAAUUUCCUGGUUUAAACAUUUUUAUAUAUCAAGAUUAUGUUCCGGUUGCACCAAAGACGGUUAAAUUUUAAUCGUUCUUUCAAGAUAACCAAUCGGAGAAGCCUUCUUUUCAAAAAAGACUUCUCUGAUUGGUUAUAGCAGAUAACUCUUUGAAAUUUUUCUAUCAAAUGGAUAUUCAUCUUCAGACCUUAGGUACUUUGGAAUAAAUUUUUGAGUGAUGUAGUGCAAGUAGAAGUCUGCCUGAUUUCUUUAAAAUAUUGUAAUUUUAGGUCAGUAAUAUAAGGAAUGUUGUUUAAUGUCAAUUUUGUAAAAUAAACUUCUUCUUUCAACUAAAA